AUGUCUAGCUCUCGGGGUGCGUGCAAAGAACUCUUCAUCCACGGCGUCUGGCACUGUAUGAUGGCCGAUACUCAAGCCACUCAAGGCUGUCUGCUCACUGCAUCUACAAACCUCAAAACCGGGCCCGAAUCAUGGGAGAUGGUAUAUGAUAUUCUCUUUAUUCCUGAAAGCCCUGCGCUCAAUCCAAUUCGCACCUGCAACAAACUUCCACAAGAACAAUGCAAGUUCUUCCUAUGGGACGACGAUGCCUGUACACGCGAGGACGAAGUUGUCGCAAAUACAGCUGCCACUCUCACUCCAGGUCAUAAGCGCAAACGCUCCGUCAGCGGAAAUCUAGACAAGCAUCGUCUUUCAAAAGCUCCGGACGAUCAUGAUCCGGGUGAAGCCAUGUCUCAUCUGGAAACGCCUGGCAAGGCUGCCAAGAUAACAAUCUUUAGCACUCUCGUUACUAAAAGCGAUACAGCAGUUUAUGGACUGCAAACACCUCACACGGGACGGAAGGCUCAGGAAGAUCCGUUUAAUUCAAGACCUCCCACAACAGCGGCGAGUCCCUUUCCUUCUUCUGCAACCAGUCAAGAAAGCAUCCGCAGAGUUGCAACACCCUACUCAACACCCUGUACUUCUAUUCAUGAAACGCCAAAUACAAGUCGCUCCAAGAAUUCAAUGGAUCAAGACCUAGUCGGUGGCGUCUUCGAUCUGUUGCAACAAUCCAACAUCGUCUUACCUGGUCAUAUCGAAGAGGAGCUUAGAACUUUGUUAAUAAGACACGUAAAGCGUACAGAAGGGUUUAAGAGAGCACGAGACGCGACCCGCCUUGCUAUCAAGGCAAAGGACGCGAAGAUCACCGAGUUCACGUACCGAAUAGGUGCCCUUGAGGCCGAAUUAGAGGCGGAGAAGGCUAUGGUGACGCAUCUACAAUGGGAGGCCCAGAACCACACUUCGGAUCUCGACUAGAUUGCCCUCUGCACAACAGUCAGGAAAAAAACCAAUGAGGGUACCGAGACGUCCCGCUCUUCUACGCAUCG